CAGCGGCAGCAUUUGAGCUGACUGAGCGAAACAAAUAAAUAAGAAAGUGCUGGCUGGGCUAGGGUUAUGCAGGAGUACUGUAGAUAGUAGUAGUUUAGCCGUAUAAGGCUUCCCAUAUUACUUAGACUCAACGUACUAGGGAGCUGGUAUUUGAAAUGUGUAUUUUCUGUGUAAUUUUGUAAUUUGUAUUUGUAAACUACAGGACAAUGAAUGACUCCGAGGGUAACAGUGCGCUGCUAGACAGUAGUAAUAUUCAGGGGCAUGACGUUACCGAAUCGGCGCCUCUGCUCGAGAAUAGAAACCCGACACAGGGAUCCUCAGGGGCCUCCUUUGGCUCCUCUGUGUUUAAUUUGAUGAAUGCCAUCAUGGGUAGUGGAAUCCUGGGGUUAGCGUAUGCCAUGGCCAGCACUGGGAUCAUAGGAUUUUGUGUCUUGCUUACAAUAGUUGCCAGUCUUGCAUCAUAUUCCAUACAUCUACUUCUGAAAAUGUGUGACCAAACUGCCAUUACAUCUUAUGAAGAUCUCGGUCUCUAUGCCUUCCAGAAACCAGGCAAGGUUUUGGUUGCAAGCACAAUACUAAUUCAGAAUAUUGGAGCCAUGUCUUCGUACCUGUUUAUCAUCAAGUCCGAACUGCCUACAGCUAUUGCUGGGUUCCUUAGUGGUGACCAAAGCGGAGACCCUUGGUAUCUUGAUGGAAGGACUAUUCUCAUUAUCACAGCUGUCUGCAUUGUUCUUCCUCUUGCACUUCUUCCUAAAAUAGGUUUUCUUGGUUACACAAGUGGCAUGUCUUUCCUGUUUAUGGUGUACUUUGUUAUUGUAAUCAUUAUUAAGAAGUGGUCUGUUCCUUGCCCUCUUCCACAAAAUGUUACAGUAAGCUACUCGCAGUUUUCAAAUUCCAGCGAAUGUGUUCCAAAACUCUUUGCCAUUUCCAGUAAGAGUGCAUACGCCAUACCUACAAUGGCUUUUUCUUUUUUGUGCCACACCUCAGUUCUGCCCAUCUACUGUGAGCUUCGAAGGCCUUCAAAGAGCAGAAUGCAGAAAGUAGCUAACACAGGAAUCGCCUUCAGCUUUCUAAUAUACCUGGUGUCAGCUAUCUUUGGAUAUCUCACCUUUUUUGACGAGGUCGAUUCUGAACUUCUCCAAGGUUACAGCCAGUACCUGCUACACGAUGUUGUUAUUAUGACUGUCAGAAUCAGCAUUCUAUUGGCAGUGCUAUUGACUGUUCCUCUCAUACACUUCCCAGCAAGGAAGGCUUUCAUCAUGCUGUGUUUCCCUGGCCGUCCAUUUUCCUGGCUCAUCCACGUUGCGGUCACCGCUGGCCUUGUUACGACCAUUGUUUUGCUUGCCAUAUAUGUGCCAGACAUUAGGAAUGUAUUUGGAAUAGUUGGUGCUACUACCUCAACUUGCUUGCUGUUUGUGUUCCCUGGGCUAUUCUACCUCAAAAUUAGCAGCGAGAGAUUCAGAUCAUUGCAGAAGCUAUCGGCUCUGGCUCUCCUGGUAUUCGGUGUGUGUGUCGGUGUGCUCAGUUUGUCUCUAAUCAUUUCAGACUGGGCUGAGAGUCGGUAGCAUUGCUGAUGCAUUAUAUACACAGACAACAGACGAACAACUUUAAACAUCUUAAACACACCAUUGAAACAAUAUGCAAAAGACUCUUCAAAAUCGGCUGCAUACGUUUAUCCGAAAGUGUAAUGAUUAUAUUUGAGUGCUGGGAUGAAAAUAGGCUUUUCAUUCAUUUUUAAAAUUUGUACUUAUUUUAAACCAUAGAAAAAAGGAAGGUGGUAAUAUACAGUCACUGUCUUCUUUGUAUGAUACAGUAUCUAAUGGCAUUCUAAUUUAAUAUUCACUUAAAAAAAAAUUAUUUGAAUAACAAUAUGGUUAUUUUUGUUACAUUUCAGAGAAUGUUUAUUCCAGGAUUGUUAUAUUUGUUUAAAUCAUGGACACUAGAAAUCCGUGAUGAUCUCAGAUUCUAUAAAUUGUGUGAUCAGUAUAUACACUCUAUAUCCAUUCAUUCCUACUGUCUCGACAGUUUAACACAAAUUCAUAUAGGUGUAUAUUUUGCCUUGUUCUUUCGGACGAGGGCUGGCACAGUUGUCAUUACAACUCCAACCAGUACUUUAAAUUUAUAACAGACAAUAUAAAGUGCAAUUGCUUUUAAGUAGCACGCACAUUGACCACAUAUACUGUAAACCCCCUUUUAUAAGUGUGCCAGUCAUUUACAGCUAUUUUCACUAAAUCCAUUUAAUAAUCUCUUAACUUUUACAUGCUUUGCUGGCAAUGUACGGUCUAACUACACCUGUACUACACAACAGUUUGGUUAUGCGGUUUAAAUAAUAGAAUGCAUAUUCUCAGGGAUUAUUAUAAAAGGAGACAACACAAGUAUGUAAUGCUGUUACAUGUUCUAAGAAUAUGUUCUUCCUGUGCAGUUCCGAAAACAUCCUGUAUGUAAAUCUAAACUCUAGGUGCUUUUAGAAGACAUCUGUAGUUCUGCCUCAUUGCAAUGAGGGCUGGCUCAAUUAGAAGGGUAACAUUGAGACUAUUCACAAGGCAUACAAACAGGCAAUGUGUUUGGGUGCUGGACUAGAACAUAGUUUGAGCAGUCUCGAGGACUGUGGUAAACAUCAAGAGAUUUGGAUUCAUAAGUAAUCUAAUAUAUUAAUAGAGGGAGAUUUGUUUUAUUGAAUUAAAGGGAUUAUAUUAUAAAUAGGAUUUAAUAUUAUUUUUAACACCAUCCCUCCUUUUAUUUUUAAGCGUGAGACAUACAACCGGUCAUCUAUAAAUACUUUCAUUCAUAGGUGCUUAAAUUCAUACAUGCAGGAUAAAGGCAUUGUUAGAAUAAAAAGUUUAUAUGUGCAGUUUCUUGCUUUCCAUUUGGAAGUAUUGUACUGCUUUUCUGCAGCCUAGGCCAUUUACUUGUUUGGUUAGGAAAAAUCUGCAGAUGUUCAUCAUGGGGUCUAUUCAAUUAAUCUAAUAGCGUUUACAUAUUUU